UUUUCUCGACCGUUUCCUGCGGAAACAACCGGAAAUGACGAAUUUCGAUUUUUGGUGUGUUUGUGCUGCCAGCAAGACGCCGGAUUUGCUUGCAAGAAUGAUGUAUAGUGCUUACAAAACGAUUCCGAGGUUCCACUCUUCUUCCCACGUAUCGAACGUUUCCUCUGUUUUAGUUCCCCACCCCAAUUUGUGACGUCAUUCCAGGUAGUGACACUUACAACGCUUGAAACAACGACCGCUUUCUUACCGACUGUGGGUGUUGCUGCGACGUCAGUGCUUGUGAGCAUUGUUGAACGGCUGGACUGGAUGAACAAACAGCAAAGGUGUUGAUUUGAUGUAUAUGAAGAGUUGUCAGUCUGGACAUCAGAGCAACACUGACACUGUUGAUUGUUCCAAUUGUAUGAUUUGAUUCUCGAGGUAUGUUUGCUGCAGGCAACAAUCGACCCAAGUGUGCCGGAGUCCUCGUCUUUCACUACGGCUGCCCGCCGUCCGUCAUCUCCGACCAGAAAACCCUCUACAUCGUCGUCGUGAAGAAAGCCAAACAGAUCACCUACCCAUGGGGCUUCCCCAAAGGCGGCAAAGAAGCCAACGAGACCGUCCUAGAAAACGCACUACGCGAGCUAACCGAGGAAACAGGAAUCACCCAAGACCAACUAUCAUUCCUCAGUGACUUUCCCGUUCAGGAAUACAACAAUUGCGAUUUGACUGUUUUAUACUUUGUUGCCAAAUUUGUCGGCGACCCAUGGAAGCACAAGUUCAUGUACAGCGAAGACGAACUCGAGAUUGCACAGUGGAUGCCGGUCGCCGACGUGCUGAAGCCGCCAGUCAUGACCGCCAUGAAGCCGGGACGUGUGCUGAUGCUGAAGCAGACGUUAAAGCAGUUUGAAGAGAUACUUAAUCGGAAUGGUUCGUGUAUGUAGACUCAUCGGGUGUGGGGCAUGGAUCGACUUGUCGGGUUGGAAAUUAUUGCUGGUACAGUUGACUAUUACAGAUUUCAUUCUAUAACGAGCAUUAAGGGAAUUCAGUAGUGUAUUCCGUAGUGUAUACCGUAGUGUAUACUAUAGUAUAUUAGCGUAUCAUCAUUAUAGUUUGAUAUUCUAGUGUGUAGCAGAUUACAAUACAAGCAUUAUUAUUUUUAUUGCCUUGUU